AUGUCCACCACCCUAUCUCUAUUCGAUUCGAGUCUCCCGCCCUCGGCCGAACUCAAUUAUAUCAUCGAUUCGUGUAGCUCAUUCACGGCUGGCUACCCACCCGAAAAUAUUUAUACCGAUCAUCCUGACGAUCCCAAAUCUCGCUGGUCGACUGAGCGACAUGGCGAUCCUGGAAUUCAAGAGAGCCAAUGGGUGAUGCUGAGUUUGGAGAAGCCGAGUGUAGUUACAAUGAUUCGGUUCGGCAAGUUUAUGAAAGCUCAUCCAUGUAAUGUCUCGGCGUUCAAGGUCUACGGCGGUCUCGGCACCAAAGAUUCCGAAAUGCAUGAACUUAUCCGGGGGAAACUGAGGGACGAUGAUAUUCCUCAAACGUUCACCCUCAACUACAAGACCCCUGGCGCUGGAGUCCCAUUCCCAUGUCGAUACAUCAAGAUAUGUCCGAUCUCACCGCAUGGAACUAGCUACAACAUGAGCAUUUGGCAUGUCGGCCUGUCUGGGAUUAAGGAGGAAGGAUUCGUAAAAAGGGUGUAUGAUAACUACAUCAAGCAUAAAGAAACCCUCGCUCUACACCUGAUCCUCAAGCAUCUCCGACGCUCGAAUUUCCUUGAUGCCCACACAUCUCUCCUCGCCCAAACCGGCCUCCGAACCGAACAUCCAAAAAUAACACAACUCCACGAUUCACUCGUCCUGAACGCAGACUUGGUCACGACGGAAGCAUUAGUCAAGUCGAUAGCUGGGGAAGAAGGUUUGUUCGAACAUUGCGCGAGAGUUAGUCCUCCUGCGAUCCAAGAACUUAUCGGAUUUUGGUCCUACACAACUUCUACGAACCAAUGGAAACUUAUUCAUGAAGAUACUGCAGCGGUCGGGGGCCCAAGUGCAAGGAGCUGCCACAACAUGGUAUACUGCCAUACUAAUCGUACGCUCUACGUACUUGGACAGCUCAAGGACCAACCGAGGCCGAAUGGUGGCAACCCUCAACCUCAACGGGCGGAUGCGGAAUUCUUCAAGUGCUCGUUGGAUGCGACAGGUGAAGGUGGGACAUGGACGCUGUUGAACCCUAGUGGAGUCGAAGCAGCUGGGGGACCUCACUCGAUAUCCGACCAUCAAAUGAUUAUCGACGAGGAAAACAGCCUCAUGUACGUAUUCGGAGGAAGGAUGGAGCACAUAUCCGACCGGGAUGGAAUGCAUAUGUAUUCGGGGAUGUACUCAUUCAACCUGGUGACCGAGACUUGGACGCAUAUAUUCCACGAUCCGGCGCGAAACGACGGUCCUUCUCCGAAUCCCAUAAACAUCUAUUCUCGGACAGGCCACGGAAUGGUUCUUUACCCGCCAACUAACGAGAUAUUCAUUGUUGGUGGACGACGGUCGAAUCCACGCUGGGUGCCAGACAUGUACUCGUUUACACACACCACGCUCGCUACCCAACGGAUCCCACUGGACCCAUCAAUUAUACACUCCGUGACCGCGUCGAGGGUAUGUAUCGAUGAAAAGGCUGGAGAGAUUUACAUAUUGAUAACACAACAUAACGAACGAGAUCGCACCCGCGCAGACCCAGCGACAUUCAUGACGUACCACAUUGAAAAAAAGCUAUGGGUUCGUUCUGAACCUCGGAUUGGGCCACUUAGACCGAGCCCGAGUGGAGAUGUAUGGGAAAGUCUUGAACUCCCAAGGCCGAGGUCUGCGCAUCAGGUUGUGUAUGAUUCAGCAAAUCGUGUGUUUUACAUACCGACAGUCAGUGAGCUCCUUCGUAAAGCCCUUCUUGCUGUGCGAAAAUUCCGGUUCAAGCUGAUGUGCGACACUGUGCCUCCAUUCGAAGCACUCACAUACCUGCAAACAGAAGUCUCGGAAGUGGUAGACAGCGACGAAGAACUGGAGGCCGCCAAUUUACGAAGUCUACUAUCUUAUUUAUUGAGCCGAACCAGUGAUGGCGAUACGACUAUGAAUGGUGAUGGUGCCAAAGCAAACGAAGCAACGAGGAAAGAAAGAAGAGAACUAUUUGAUUUCUUGAUGCAGUUUGUGGACCCGGCCGAGAGAGAACCAGAGACUGAGCUCAGGGAUAUUGUGGAGAAUGUCUAG